GAAUUAGUUGUGUGAGACCUUAAAAACAAGCUUGACUAUGAUUAAGAGUUAUUCCCCUUGUACGACCUCUCUAGACUAACUCGCGAGCUGUCAACUUUGGACCGAUUCGGAUUCAACUUUCUACACAUUUAACAACACACAUGUAAAACAUAUAUAGUUGAGAUGGCAUCACGGGGAUCACAGGAAACUUCAAAACUGAGACACAAUUUAGAGGAACAGUUGGAACGACUAGUGCAGCAAUUAUCAGAUCUCGAGGAAUGCAAAGAUGAUUUUGAUGAGGAUGAGUAUGAGGAGACGAAGAAUGAAACGAUUGAACAGCUGAAAGAGUUUAAGGAGUCCUUAGAUAAAAUGGUUGAGGGCAACGUGAGCCUUGUGGAUGAGCUGAAUAGUAUGCAGCUGGCGAUACAAGCUGCUAUCAGUGAAGCCUUCAAAACACCAGAAGUAAUCAGGUUGUUUGCCAAGAAACAGCCAGGGCAGUUACGACAGCGUUUGUCAGAGAUUAGUCGUGAUGCUAAGAUAGGUAAAAUCCCGGCUGAUGUAGCGACAGCCCAAUCAGUGGAGAUUUUGACUGCGCUGAAAAAGCUUGGAGAGGAUUUGACUGCUACUGAGCAAGCCUACUUACAAUCUAAUUCAAGUGCCAGUCUUAAGGAGUUCGAACAAGUCUCAAGUGACCUUGCUACUGGUGACAAAUUAUUGGCGGUGGCUGGGUCGCAGGUUCAAAAGGCAAGCAAAUGAAGUUAUUGUGGAUGAUGUUUUAAGUAACUGUACAACUUGAAAACUUAUGUCUGAAACAACUCAAAUGGUGCUCUAAGAUACCAAAGUCAAUAUCUAACAGCUUGAUACUGCAAGUAUCUUGUGUAAAUGAUUUUAAGCCCUUGCCUUGUGAUAAGCCCAGCUAUAUCUACAGCUGUUCAGUUUAUAACCAGCAAAUCUUCAUUGGCCUGUGAUAAGCCCACCCCUGUCUUUGGGCCAGAGGUUAUAUAUUAAUAUAGCCCACUACGGCUUAUUUCAAGAUCAGCAGGACUUUUUGAUGAUCAUUUCGGACAAAACUGAAGAUUAUAAUCAGAAGGGUAAUGAAAGCUGUGUAAAACUUCUGCAUUAGAAUAACCAAUCGAGAAUGUUGAGAGUGAGACUGUCAAGUAAAAGAAUGAGAAAGUGAGACGAUCCCAUAAUUGUGAGAUAAGGAGUGAGAGUAAUAGUCUCAUUGAUAGAUGAGAGAAUGAUGAGCCCAUAAUUGAAAAGUAAGAGAGUUGAGAGUGAGAUAUAAAAGGGUUUAUUGUCAGUUUAAUUGGUAAACAAAGUAUUGUUCACUGAGACCCAACCCACAUUCUGUUUAAUAUUAUAUAUCUGUAUUAAGGUCAAGGAUUGAUGAUUGGUCUUUGUGCAAAGUUGUGGUACUGCCAGAAUAUUGGGUUUAUGUUUUAUGUAUGUAUUGAGAGAAAACAGAUGCAUUUAUUCAGAAAUACAAACCACAGGAAUUUGGCAAAAAUUCGCAAGCUCAAAAUCCAUAUACAUAUACAUGUUAAUGAAUACUACAAUAUUUUCUAUAUAUCAUUAAAUACAUAUAUAUUGUACAUGUAUAUACAUAUGGACUGUCGGGUUCAGAAGUAUGUCAUAAAGUAUUGUAUAAAAAUAUACAAAGCUGUAGCAUUUGUAAAAUUGAAACAGUCUAUCAGAAAAUUGCAAAUAUGUGAGGACGAUAAUUAAUGAUGUGAGGACGAUAAUUAAUGAUGUGAGGACGAUAAUUAAUGAUGAUCUUUGGUAAUAUCUACAUGUGUCAAAAAUUGAUUUCCUUUUAACUAAAUGAAUGUGUAUGGAAUGAAGAUGGUUGUGUAGAAUGUACAGGAAGUGUGUACUUAAAUGUAAUUGUUAUUGAAAUGAUUUGCAAUAAUUUUAUCAUGUCUCAUAAUUUAUCCUUUUUUUUGUCUUCAAUGUGUAUUCAACAUUUAUACAUCAUAUAUUUAAGAUUAAAUUUUGAAAUUGAC